AUGCUACGCAACGCCCCUCUCCUCUGCACAGUCGAACUAUCCUGGGACCAUUUCUACGCGUUUGCCUUUCCAUUGACGAAUUUGACGCAUUUCAAAGGAAUCAACGUCUCGCACCAAAUGCUCUCAACUCUCUUUCGCCUCGUCCCAUCUCUGACUCACCUUACCUUACAAUACCUCCCAAACCAUUCUGACCCUCCAUCCCUGCCAGCCAACGCCACCUGGUUGACGGCCCCAUCCUUGAAAUACCUGAAAGUAGCCGGCAUCGGACCAAUGCGCCCCUUGCUCUUCUGCCUCCGAGUCCCAAACCUCGAGAACUUUGCCUGCGUCUUCCCCAUUGUGCCGAACGAAGAGCCCGUUGUGUCCAACGUCCUCCUCCUCCACUUUGGGUCCCUCAUCACACACCUCGAGCUGCAAACCCAUUCAAAGUAUUUCGACAUCCGGUCUCUUUGGCGGGACGCGCCGAAUGUAACCCAUCUUUGUCUGAAAAGCGGACCAGACGCACCUUUGCUAUCAGACGGCUGGCUUUCUCAUACGAUGUCCGACGUUUCUGCAGAGCGGCGGGUCAGCAUCAAGUCGAAGCUCGAAGUUUUGGAGUUCAGAGGUCCUCAAGGAUUUUCGUGGACGGCACUUGCAGAUAUGCUCAACCCACCAGACGAAAAAAUGGAAACCCUCAGCGCUAAAAUUGCCCCUUAUGCUCAACUGCGUCGAACGCAUCUCAAGCGUGUCGACCUCUGUCUCCUCUCGCGCUUCAAACCGAUUCCAACUCGUAUCAAACACCGUUUGGAAAAGGCUCAAGAAAAUGGACUUCAACUUCGUAUUCGAGAUUGGAUGGGAAGCCACCUGAUCAGCCCUUCUCUAGAGUAA